AUGGCGAACUCCAAGUUUGAGUACGUCAAGCAGUUCGAGCAACCUGACUCACUUCUUCCAAACACCUGGAUAGUAGUAAGGCUCGAUGGCCGUGGCUUCACAAAAUUCUCCACCAAGUAUGCUUUCGAGAAGCCCAACGACAUGCGCGCCCUAGACCUGAUGAACGCCGCCGCCCGCUCCGUCAUGUCCGAGCUGCCCGACAUCACCAUCGCCUACGGCGUCUCAGACGAGUAUAGCUUCGUCUUCCACAAAUCAUGCACGCUAUUCGAGCGACGGGCGAGCAAACUGGUUUCGACCAUCGUCUCAACCUUCACAGCCUACUACAUCUACUUCUGGCCGAUCUACUUCAAAGACUCAAAACCUUUGACUCCGCCGCUCCCAAGCUUCGACGGCAGGGCCGUCACCUACCCGUCCGUCCAGAACCUGCGCGACUACAUGAGCUGGCGCCAGGUCGACUGCCACAUCAACAACCUGUACAACACCACGUUCUGGGCCCUCAUCAACAAGGGCGGCAUGGACGGGACGACGGCCGAGCUGAUGCUCAAAGGCACGUUUUCGGCGGACAAGAACGAGAUUCUGUUUCAGAAGUUUGGGAUUAACUAUAACAACGAGCCCGAGAUGUUCAAGAAGGGAAGUGUCAUUUUUAGGGAGUACGAGAUGGUGGAGCCAGAGACGACGAAAAAUGGCGUGGAAAAAGAGGCGGAGAAGGCGAACACGGCCGUGCCGGAAGUCAAGUCGAAAAGUCAGCUGGAAAAGGAAAAGAAGGCGAGGACAAAGGCCAAGAUCGUGGUGGAACAUUUGGAUAUUAUCAGGGAUGAGUUUUGGGAGAGGAGGCCGUGGUUGUUGAGUGGGAAGCCGGGCAAGGUUCCUAAGGAACAAAAGCCUUGA